AUGGCGUAUAUGAAAAAUGCCUUUGUGUUUAUCAUGGUAGACGAAGUAUUGAAGUAUACCCUCAAUAUAGUGUGCCUCAGGGUUGUCAUUCUCCAAGCACAGUUCCUUGAACUUAGCGUGCUUAGUGAGCAUUUCGAAAGGUUGAGGAACAAAAUAACGCAGGCUGAUGUUUCUGAAGGUACUAAGAUUCAUUGCUCAUGCAAGAAUGAUCACAUGUUUCGUGUUGAACGUGAUUUGCCUUUGGGAGUAUGGUGUUUGAUUACAAACUUUUUGCUCACAAAUGCAACUGGUCAAUACCGACCAACCAACCAUGCUUACAAGAUGUCUAUUAUAGGCGACAGUAAGAUUAAGGAUUCAGAUUUCCAUUGCGAUGAUAUGUUCUUCUCAUUUGCAAGUUUUGACGAUGUUGAAGUAAUCGGUCAAGUUGAGAGCCUUAAAGACGUUCAAACUGUUCAAGUGAAGGGUGAGACUAUUGCAUGUUGUCUGUGGGGAAAAUAUGCAGAACAAAUUGAAUCUCAUGUUCAAGAAGCAAAUGACCCAAAUAUGAUUUUGGUUAUAAGAUUUGCAAAGAUCGGAUUUUAUCAAGGAGAAGUUCAGAUUACCAACGCAUUUGAUGCAUCAUUGGUUCUGAUCAAUCCGGAUUUGCCUGAAGUCGUGACAUUCAAAAGCAUGUUGCCACAAAAUGAUAUUGCAAUUACUCCUUUCGAUCAAAAUUCCAACAGUAAGACAAUCAAGGCUCCAAAGGUGGACUGGAAUGAAGUUGAUGUCAAAUCAAUCUCAGAAAUAUUGGUGGCCAUGAAGAUACAGAUUGGGGCUAGUUCUAUUUUGGUCAUGACAGGUGUAACAAACGUGCCGAUCAAAUUAUACAAACUGCAUAUUGUUGUGCAAGAUGACUCAGGUACAUGCAAGUUAAUGCUGUUGGAUACUGAAGCUGAGGCCAUAGUCGAUUGUAAAGCUGUUGAUUUAUGGGGUGGAUCAUAUGAUGAGAUUGAAGAUCCAGAGGUUUUGCCACAACCAAUCAAAGAAUUAGCUGGCCAAUCUUUCUGUUUUGGAGUUUCUUUGAAAAAUGAUAAUGUGACCAACGGCUCUGAUAUAUUUAUGGUGGCUGCAAUCUGGUCUGGAGAUAAACUUCUCAAAACAGAAUCACAUUCUGUUCUCAGCAGAGAAUCCUCCAUGACCUCUGGUGGCGAGGUUUCAAAGUCGGAUCCAAACAGUCAAACAACUUCUGAAGGUUGUUCAACCCUGUUCUCCAAACGCAAAGAUGGUGAUCUACCUGACAUAUCCUCAUCGUCAAAAAAACUGUGCACCAAGAUUGUCAAGGUGGAAAAAUCGAAAAAGAAUUAG